UUGGGGUUGUAUCAUGGUAAGCAUGGCCAACAGUUGUUUUCAACUUCUUCUUUUCCUUCCUUUGUUUUUGAUGUUUGUUUCCCUUGAAGCCAGUAGAUUCAGUUCCAACUCUAGCAAUUCCAAACCCAGUUGCAUAGAGAUUGAAAGGAAAGCACUUGUUGAAUUCAAAAAAGGUCUCACAGAUCCUUCUGGUCUACUUUCUUCUUGGGUAGGCAAUGAUUGUUGUACUUGGAUGGGUAUAGGUUGCAGCAACCAGACUGGCAAUGUUGUAGCGCUGGAGCUUGGAAACCUUGGUGACUGUUAUGACAAAAAAAUUGGUUAUGCACCUGCAACCAACUCGUCUUGUUUGGGUGGUGAGGUAAGUUCCUCCUUGCUCAACUUGAAAUAUUUGAAUUACUUGGACCUAAGCAUGAAUGAUUUCCAAGGGAUUACAAUCCCAAAUUUCUUAGGCUCACUUGAAAAGUUGAGCUACCUCGAUCUCUCUUAUGCAUCUUUUGGUGGAAUGAUUCCUCCUCAUCUUGGAAAUCUAUCAAAUUUGCACCAUCUUGAUCUCUUUGCACUUUCAAGUUGGGUUUCAAAUUUAAACUGGCUUGUUGGUCUGUCUUCUCUAAGAUAUCUUAAUCUUGGAUAUGUGAACCUCACUUUGGCAAGUACUAAUUGGCUGCAAGCUUUAAAUAUGCUUCCUUCUCUGUCAGAAUUGAGAUUGCAAAACUGUGAACUUCACAGCUUACCUCACUCUGUACCAAACAUCAAUUUCACUUCCCUUUCCGUCCUUGAUCUCUCUGACAACAAUUUCAACUCUUCAAUACCUCAAUGGUUGUUUAACAUAAGUUCCCUUUUGGAUCUAUAUCUUUCUCUUAGUUACAUGAAGGCCCCUAUUUCUGAUAUACAAUGGGGAAACCUCUGCAACUUGAGAACUUUAGAUUUAUUCGGAAAUCAAAUUAACGGAGACAUAAGUGAACUUAUAAGGGGUUUGGUUGAAUGCAGCAACAGUAGCUUAGAAGAGUUAAGCUUAGGGAGCAACCAAGUGAGUGGACAGUUGCCAGAUUAUUCACUAGCACACCUUCAGAACUUAAGAAACCUUCUACUUUCUAAUAACUUAAUUUCAGGCCCAAUCCCAGCAUCUAUUGGAAGGUUGUCAAAAUUGGAGAUAUUACACCUCUCUUUUAAUCAAAUGAAUGGGUCUAUUCCAGAUAGUGUCGGAAAACUUGCAAACUUAAACGUCUUGGCACUUUAUAACAAUUACUGGGAAGGUGCUCUAUCCCAAAAUCAUUUGCAAGGCCUCACAAAACUGCUAAGUUUCACAAUAUCAUCGUCGAACAAUAGUUUAAUCUUCAAUAUGAGUCACGAAUGGGUUCCUCCUUUUAGCCUAACAGAAAUCGCAAUCCGCAACUGUCAAUUAGGUCCCAUAUUUCCAGCAUGGCUAAGUAAUCAAAAACUACUUGUUGAUAUAACGUUGGCAGACGCUGCCAUUUCCGACACAAUACCUUAUUGGCUUUGGGAGUUAUCCCCACAGAUCUAUUGGUUAGAUCUUUCUUACAAUCGGAUACAUGGAAUGCUUCCCAAUUCAUUAGUAUUUCUCUCAGCAUUUCUAGUGGAUUUAAGUUUCAACCGCUUAGAAGGUUCACUCCUAUUUUGGCCCGACGCGUCAAAUCUCUUGCUGGCAAGCAAUUUAUUUUCAGGAUCAAUUCCCAUGACCAUCAGCCAAAUGAUGCCGUCAUUGGAAGUUCUUGAUUUAUCUGGGAACUUCCUAAAUGGUAGCAUCCCCUUGUCCAUAGGUAAGAUGAAACGUUUGGAAAUGCUUUAUCUAUCAAACAACCAUUUUUCUGGAAGAAUCCAUGAUCAAUGGAGGGACUUACCAAAUCUUGAAAUCAUAGAUUUGUCCAAAAAUAAUUUACAUGGUGAGAUUCCAGGUUCAAUUUGCUCACUGCCUAGUCUUUCUUGGUUGAAAUUGAGCAGCAACAAUCUUUCAGGGGAAGUAUCUUUUGCAUUACAGAAGUGCAAAGGCUUGACGAUGCUUGAUCUUGGAGAGAAUCGAUUCUAUGGAAACAUACCCAAAUACAUUGGACAAAGCUUCUCAUCACUAUUGGAACUGCGUAUACGAGACAACAUGUUUAGUGGAAAUAUUCCUGCACAAUUAUGCUCUCUUGCUCACCUCCACAUCUUGGACCUUGCUCUUAAUAAUUUAUCAGGAUCCAUCCCAUCAUGCUUGGGAAAAUUGGGUGCUCUGAAUUCUAUGAUAUCAUAUAGUCCACAUCAACUCUCUCUCAGUGAUGCCAUUUAUCAACAAAUGGAAAUGGAAUUGGUUGUGAAAGGAAGACAAUUGAUAUAUACCUUCACACUUGAGUUGGUAAAUAUCAUUGACUUGUCGAGCAACAAUCUUCAGGGAGAGAUCCCAGAACUAAUAACAAAUCUCUCGACCUUAGGAACCUUAAAUUUAUCCCACAACCGACUGACGGGGAAAAUACCGGAGAAGAUUGGAGGCUUACAACGGUUAGAAACACUUGACCUCUCAUGCAACCACCUUUCAGGUCCAAUUCCUUCAACCAUGUCCUCUAUGACUUCACUGAACAAUUUGAACUUGUCAUUUAACAAUUUGUCCGGACCAAUUCCCUCCGGCAACCAGUUCGAAACCUUCAUUGAUCCUUCCAUUUACGAGGGUAACCCAGAACUUUGUGGGCCUCCAUUGUCAACCAAGUGCCUAAUGCCCAAUGAUAGAGAUGCUGAUGCAAACCAACAUGCUAAGGCUCACAAAGAUGAAGAUGAGAAUGAAGACGAAAACGAAAACGAAAACGAAAACGACAACUUGGGCUUCUACCUUGGCAUGGCAUUGGGGUUUGUGGUGGGGUUUUGGGCUGUUUGUGGUAGUUUGAUGUUAAAGAAGUCUUGGAGAUACACCUACUUUGGGUGUGUUGAUAAAAUGAAGGAUUGGCUUUUCGUUGUCGUGAUGGUGAACUUGAACCGGUUACGAAGAAGAAUGAUGGGAGCGGAACAUAACUGAAGGCCCAUGUGGCUAAUUACGUAAAGACACCUUGAUUCAAAAAGGAAACUUUGAACAAGAAGGAUAUCAAAUAAAUAGCUUGGCUUGCCUUCCCACCGUGGUCAACAUGGCUUAAACUUUUCUUCAUGCUUCUCAGGUUU